AUGAAAGUGGUUAAAGAUAAUAAACAUGAAAAUAGUGAACGUGAAGAUAGUAAACAUAAAGAUGGUGAAUAUAAAGAUAGUAAACAUAAAGAUGGUAAAUAUAAAGAUGAUGAAUAUAAAGAUAGUAAAUAUAAAGAUAGUGAAUAUAAAGAUGGUGAAUAUGAAGAUAGUGAAUAUGAAGAUAGUAAAUAUGAAGAUAAAGAUAGUGAACAUAAAGAUGGUGAAUGUGAGAUAGCAAAUAUUAAGGAACUCAAU